AUUCCUCUUUCUGGUUCACAAGUAUUCCACAUUCUCAGUAGUGAUUUGCAAUCAAAGUUUAGAACCUUAUUGCUUUCUCUUAUUCUUCUUUCCAGUUCUCAAGUAUUCUCCAUAGUCAUUUGCAAUCGAAGUUUAUAAAACCUUAUUCUCAAUAUUGAUUAGCAAUUGAAUUUUAGAACCUUAUUGCUUUUUCUUUCGCUUCUUCCUCUUUCCAAUCCCAUACGAAAACCAUUUUCCAUGGCCGAAUCAUUACUGUUCAGUCUCGCUGAGUCAUUCAUCGGUAAGGUUGCUUCUCGUGCUGUUGAAGAAGCAUCUCUUGCCUUUGGCGUCUACGACCAUCUGCUAGAUAUAAAAAACAAGGCGUCACUCAUCAAAGCUGUGCUCCUGGAUGCCGAACAAAAGCAGCGGAAGAAUCAUUUGCUCCGUGAAUGGCUGCAACAGAUCAAGUGCGUCUUCAAUGAUGCUGAAGAUGUAAUCGAUGAUUUUGAGUGCGAGGCACUAAGAAAGCAUGUUGUCAACACUUCAGGUAGCAUUGGAAGAAAGGUACGUCGUUACUGCUCAAGUUCUAAUCCUCUUGUUUAUCGCCUUAAAAUGGCUCAUAAAAUAAAAGAUAUUAAAGAGAGAUUCAUUGAGGUUGCUGCUGAUAGACUUAAUUUUGGCCUUCAAAUCAAUGAAAGUGAUAAUCGCGUUGUGCAAAGGCGGGAAAUGACUCAUUUCCAUGUAAAUGAGUCUAAUGUGAUAGGAAGGGAACAUGACAAACAACAAAUUAUUGACCUCUUAUUGCAAGAUGAUGGUGAUAAAAGUCUCUCUGUUAUUCCUAUUGUUGGAAUUGGAGGCUUGGGAAAGACUACCCUUGCAAAAUGUGUAUUUAAUGAUAAGAGUGUAGUUGACUCUUUUCCAUUGAAGAUGUGGGUAUGUGUCUCUGAUGAUUUUGAACUUAAGCAUUUGCUCAUUAAAAUCCUCAACUCUGCUAGUGCUUCUAAUUCCAACCAAGAAAACUUUGAUGUGGAUCAACUACAAAGUCAUCUAAGAAACAAACUUUUUGGUCAAAAGUUCUUGCUUGUCUUGGAUGAUGUAUGGAAUAAGGAUCGUGCCAAAUGGGAAGAAUUGAAAGAUAUAAUUCAAGGAGUCGCAGGUACUGAAGGAAGUAAAGUCUUAGUGACUACACGCAGCCACAAUGUAGCUGAUGUGAUGCGUACCACCUCUCCUCACAUUUUGAAAGACCUGUCCGAAAAAGAUUCCUUAUCUGUAUUUGUCAAAUGGGCUUUUAAAGAUGGAGAAGCGGAAAAAUAUACAGAAUUAGUGGAGAUUGGAAAAGAAAUUGUGCAAAAAUGUGGAGGGCUUCCUUUGGCCUUAAGAACAUUGGGGAGUUCAUUGUUCAAAAAAGUUGAUAUAAAAGAUUGGGAGUUUGUUAGGGACAAUGAGAUUUGGAAUUUACCACAAAAAGAGGAUGACAUUUUGCCUGCUAUCAAAUUAAGUUAUGAUCAAUUGCCUUCUUAUUUAAAAUCAUGUUUUGCUUGUUUCUCCCUCUUUGAAAAGGACUUUGUUUUUUCUAAUUUUCAUGUUACUGAGUUAUGGGCGGCACUUGGUUUUCUUCCAUCACCAAAAAAGGGUCAAACAAUAGAUGACAUUGUCAAUCAACUUUUGCAUGAUCUAAUGUCAAUAUCUUUUCUUCAAGAUUUUGUUGACUUUGGUAAUAAUGCUUGCAUCUUUAAAUUGCAUGAUUUGGUGCAUGAUCUUGCAUUAUAUGUCGCAAAAGAUGAAUUUCAAUUGGUGAAAUUGCAUAACAAAAAAAUAUUUGAGAAUGUUCUCCAUUUGUCAUUUAUUGAAAAUGAUCUUCUUGGCCAAACAUCAGUUCCAACUCGAUUGAGAACAAUACUUUUUCCUAUAGGAGCCAACAACAAAGCUUUCUUGUAUACUUUGGUGUCAAGGUGUAAAUUCUUGCGGAUUUUGCAAAUAACUAAUUCUACAUAUGUGAGUUUACCCCAGUCAAUUGGUAAAUUAAAACAUUUGAGAUGUCUCAAUCUUGAGUUUAAUAAAGAAUUGAAGAGUCUUCCGAAUUCAGUGUGCAAACUUCAGAAUCUCCACAUUUUGAAACUCAAUGGAUGCACAAAUCUUCAAACAUUACCUAAUGGAAUAGGAAACUUGAUCAGCCUUCGACAAUUACAUAUAACCACAAUGCAAUCUAAUUUUCCAGACAAAGAGAUUGCAAAAUUGACUUCUCUAGAAUUUAUAUCUGUCAGUUCUUGUGAUUAUUUGGAGUCAUUGUUUGAAGGUAUACAACUUCCGAAUCUUAAAAUGUUGAUGGUUAUUUCUUGUGGGAAUCUAAAAUCUUUGCCAUUUCAUGCUAUUCCAAACUUAGAGAGUUUGGGGAUUGAUAGUUGCAAUAAGAUAAAAUUUUCAUUGAACCAUGAAUAUGACAUCUCCAAUUUAAAGCUGAAGCUCCUAGGUCUAGGAUCUUUACCUCAAUUAGUGAGUUUUCCCCAAUGGUUGCAAGGAUGUGUGACCACAUUACAAUCAUUGGAACUUUGUAAUUGUUGCAAUCUUGAAGAGCUUCCUGAGUGGCUGUCAACUCUAAUAUGUCUAAAAGCAAUUGAAAUUCUUGAGUGUCCGAAAUUGGUUUCCCUCCCCGAUAACCUGCAUCAACUCAAAAACCUUGAAUAUUUGUAUAUUGAAGGUUGUGAUGAAUUAUGCAGAAGAUAUCAUCCAAAAGUAGGAAAGGAUUGGCACAAGAUUUCACAUAUCAAACAAGUCAUCAUUAAAUCACCAGAACUAGAAGAUUAAGAAGGAUUCAUAGAUAUCACAGUCAAAGUUAGAUGGUAUAUUUCUCUUAUUUGUUUUUGUAAUAAAGUGUUGUGUAUAAAGCACCUUUUUUCUAUUGGAGGAAUGUAUAUUUUCUUUGUUUUAUUGUUUUGUAUAAUUAAUUUGAUUUGUUAAACAUGGUUAUGAGAAACUGGUGGAUCAUUGUAAAUAAAAUGAUGAUAUAUAUAAUUUGUGAUUAUAAUAUUGAAAUAUUUGGUUGUCUAUGACAACAAUAUUGUCU